AUGAAGAUUUAUACAAAGAGAGAGAACAAAUAUGUAGUUCGUUAUGAUAGAACAACACCGUUAUGGGAUGUUAUGAAAACAUUGUGGGAGUGCAAAUAUUUCGAACCUAUUUCUUAUGGAGAACUUUUCACAUAUACGACUGACUUAUAUAAACAGAACCUUGCACCAUUUAAAGAUUUGACAUAUGCUCCAAAGUAUUGUGUACAACUGAAGAAGAAAGCCGAGUCAAAAGAAGUAAAUAAGAAUAAGUGCAAGUUCAUUCCUGAGCACGUUUUCUUUGCUGACUUUGAGUGCAGUACUGAUGGCUUUCAUAAAGCUUUUAACAUCUGUUACGACAGUGAAGAUGGUUCAGUGAGUGAAAGCAUUUGGGGUCAGAACUGUGCAACAGAAUUUUUGGAACGACUUCCUGACAAGAGUUUAAUAUAUUUCCAUAACCUCAGUUAUGAUAUAAACUUCAUCUUAAGACACAUGACAGAAGUGAAAGGAACUCCCAUCAUUAAAGGUUCACGAACAAUGCAAAUAACUGGCUUAUAUAAAGGAAGGGCAAUUAUUAUAAAAGACUCUUACAGUGUUAUAAAUAAGAAGCUUAAACUAUUUCCUGCUAUGUUUAACUUACAAACAGGACCGAAAGAAGUAUUUCCAUAUAACUACUACAGCAGUGUUUUGUUAGCAAAUGACAACAGAACUGGUGUCAUUUCUGAAGCAUGUAAGUUUGUAAAAGAUAUUGAAACGUUCAUGAAAAACAUAGAUUCCAUCAAAGGUUGCAGAAUAGAUGAGAACCACUUCGACUUAGAAAAGUAUAGCACAUUUUAUUGCAAACAAGAUGUAAGAAUUUUAAGAGAAGGUUUUGUUAAGUUCCGCAAUGACAUAUUGAAAGAAUUUGAUUUAAACGUUUAUGACUACGUUAGUAUUUGUUCUAUUGCUAACAAAUUGUUUGAGAACAGAGUGUACUUCCCGAAUGGAAAUUUAUAUGACCUAUCAAAUAAACCAAGAGAAUUUAUUUCACGCUGUAUUCAAGGUGGAAGAU